UUUUUUUUUUUUUUGAGGGGGGAGGGGGGGGGCUCCGAUGGAUUUCGUGACUAAGGUGAGGACCUUGGGUUAUUGCUUUUAAGCGGCUCCAAUCACUUGACAACAUUCACAUAGAAAUAGCAGCUCUCCAAAUUUGCACAAUUUAUAGAUUCGAUGUAGAAUACAAAACUCCCAAUAUUCCAUAAUUUGAAACUCGUUUAAGGUCGCGAAGUAGGUAUCCUUGACUGAACUGUUGAAUUAUUGAAGCUACAACAUUUGCUUAUUUAUAGACAUUAGGCUAUAAAUAAUUUAUAUUAGUACACAAAUAUUUUGUGAACAAAAGCCCGCCAAUCCCAUAUUUAUAUAGAUAUUUUGAGAUUGCGAACAUUAUUUACGGGAGGUAUUUAAUCGCAGGUGGUUUUUAUUCAAGGCCACUCUGCCGCUCGCAUUGGACUUGUUGAAGCAGAGAACCAACUGUCGACGGGACGAAGAGUUGGAUAAAUGAGUCGUAUCACAAGGACUGACAUGAGAACGAACUCUGAACCGUCACCGUGUAGUUGCUUCAGGGGUAUAUAAUAAAGGAUAAACACAAACCAACGUAAUAACCAACCGUUUAUUCAUCUAAAUCUAUGAUCAGCUCGGUGUGUGUUUCGUCUUACCGAGGACGAAAGUCGGGUAACAAACCUCCGUCCAAGACAUGUCUGAAGGAAGAGAUGACCAGGGGGGAGGACUCGGAGAAAAUUGUUAUCAAUGUUGGUGGCACAAGACACGAAACCUACAAGAGCACACUUAGGACCCUACCAGGGACACGCCUGGCCUGGUUAGCCGACCCGCCAGAGACAAACGCAAACAAGGAAUCCCUCCCCGUAGGACCCAUAUCGCCAACUACAAACGAGUUAUUUUUCGACAGGCACCCUGGCAUAUUCGCUUAUGUGUUGAACUAUUAUAGAACUGGCAAGCUUCAUUGCCCCGCCGAUGUCUGCGGGCCUCUUUUUGAAGAGGAGUUGGCGUUUUGGGGGAUAGAUGAGACCGACGUGGAGCCGUGUUGCUGGAUGACAUACCGGCAGCAUCGGGACGCAGAGGAGGCGCUGGACAUAUUCGAACCACCGGACCCAGAUGACACGGACGAUGAACUACCCAGACGGUUCGGCAUUGAGGACUGCCCGGAAAGAUCGAGGGGAUGCUGCGAAGUUUGUCAACCAAAGAUAUGGGCACUCUUUGAGGACCCCUACUCAUCCAGGGCUGCUAGAGGCAUAGCGUUUGCCUCCCUCUUCUUCAUUCUGGUUUCCAUCACUACGUUCUGUUUGGAGACCCACGAGUACUUCAAUGACCUGCAGAACCGCACGGAACACGUGGUGGUGGGGAACCACACGGAGGAGGUUGUCUCGGUGGAGGUGGUGACCAAGCCCAUUCUGACCGUGGUGGAGGGCGUUUGUGUGGUCUGGUUCACCUUGGAGUUCUUCGUCCGCAUCGUUUGCUGUCCCGACAAGCUGCUCUUCAUCAAGAACAUGUUAAACGUCAUUGACUUCGUGGCCAUCCUGCCCUUCUACCUGGAGAUGGGCCUCAGCGGCCUGUCCUCCUCUAAAGCAGCCUCCGACAUCCUGGGGUUUCUACGGGUAGUCCGCUUCGUCCGGAUCCUCCGGAUCUUCAAGCUGACCAGGCAUUUCGUCGGUCUGAGGGUUCUCGGCCACACGUUGAGAGCCAGCGUCAACGAGUUCUGCCUGCUUAUUGUCUUCCUGGCGUUGGGCGUCCUCAUCUUCGCCACGAUGAUCUACUACGCAGAGCGGAUAGGGGCCCAACCGGACGACCCCCGCGGCUCUAAACACACCCACUUCAAAAACAUCCCUAUCUCCUUCUGGUGGGCCGUGGUCACCAUGACCACCCUGGGCUACGGGGACAUGUACCCCCAGACGUGGCUGGGCAUGAUGGUGGGCGCGCUGUGCGCCCUAGCGGGGGUGCUGACCAUCGCCAUGCCCGUGCCUGUUAUAGUCAACAACUUUGGGAUGUACUACUCCCUGGCCAUGGCUAAACAGAAGCUGCCUAAGAAGAAGAAAGCACACAAUCCGAACCCGGACGCUCCCACGGACACGCCCUCGUUCGGGAAGUCUGUCGCUAACUCUCCCAGGGACAGUACUCAGAGUGAUACAUGUCCUCUGGCUGCAGAGGAGAAUAUCAACAGGAACCGCUCAGACUCCAAACAGAACGGAGACGCCAACUUGGCUCUGUCGUCGGAUGAGGGGUGCAGCCUGACCCAGCCGCUGUCACCCAGCGAGAAGUGGAACCUACGGCACGGCCACGGCCGCAAACACGCCCGGUCGGUCAGGGGGAACAAGGCCACCAAGAAAGAGGCUACCUGCUUCCUGCUUACCUCUGGGGACUUCUCGUGCACUGGAGGAGAGCACACCAUACGUACUGAGAGCUGUAAAGACAUCCUGGCCGCUACUGGGAACUACGCCCAACCAGAAAUCACCACUCUGACCUGAAGAAGUUGAUUGGUCGAUGAAGGAGAAUUGCGUGUGAACCAGGAUGCAGCACUGAAGGACAUGGGGUGGAGCUUCAGGUCUAAGGUCCCUCCUUCCUCUAACUGAGAUGAAGGUCCGGGUCCUUCCGGAAGGUUCUGGAAGAAGAUCUCUUGUCUUUCUGUCAAGUACACAGUACCCAAACUCUGUUGUAGAAUACGUCUAUCUGAUGCUUUAGGAGGUAUAGUUAUGUAUGUACACAUAUCUUUCUGUUUCCAAGCAUUUAGCAUGUAUUGUAUUGCAUGAUCUAGCACUAUAUAAUGUACCAUGAAAGAAAAUAUCAUCAGUGAACUUAAUGUUAAGGGACACAUCUAAAGUUGAGGAGUGUUUUGAAUAUCUAAAGUAACUCCUAUUUCCAAAUGGUGUUUUCAAGAAAUUGCUACUAUUUGUGAAGGAUUCGAGUUAUUUGACGUUUCUGUAAAAAAUUCUUCAGUCUUUCAUCAAUUAAGUGUAAUUGGUAAAUAUUGACUAACAAAAAUUCAACAGAAAUGUGGAGUUGCACUGUUGCAUGGGGCGGCAGGUAGCCUAGUGGUUAGAGCGUUGGGCCAGUAACCAAAAUGUUGCUAGAGUGAAUCCCCGAGCCGCCAAGGCAAAAAUCUGUCGUUCUGCCCCUGAACGAGGCAGUUAACCCACUGUUCCUAGGCUGUCAUUGAAAAUAAGAAUUUGUUCUUAACUGACUUGCCUGGUUAAAUAAAGGUAAAAUAAAAAAAUAAAAAAAUAAAAAAAAGUGACUCAACAGACUACAGUGAGAUUGGAACUAGGAGUCGUUGUUCCCAGCCGACUGACUCCCAACAAGUCCAGCUUUGUUUUGAUUAAGUGAAAGUUAAAACAGGUUGGUCUCUGCCUGGUGUCAUGCCAGUCAACAGACAGGCCGUAGUCAAGCAGUGGCAUGUGACUAUGAAAGCUCACGCUAUUUUCCUUUCACAAACAAAGUAUCUUGCAAAUCCUUAUAGAAAGAAUAAAAAUGAUGUAUGAAAUAAUAAAAAAAUCAUGUAUUUCUAUUACAAGUACAGUGCGUAAACAGUUUCAGGAAGAGGAGUGUCAACAUGCAGACAGUAGUAGCAUGUGACUAUUAAAGCUCACGCUGCUGUUCACAAACACAGUGUCUUUAUGUCGUUGUACCAAAAAAAAAGAGAAAUACAGAAUGUAAAAAAUGCCUUGAGAGACCAGAUGCAGUCAGACAGUAGUCAAGAUUUAGCAUGUGACUGAAGAAGCACACACUACUUGUCUUUUCACAAACAAAAGUGUCUUGCAAAUAAUAUAUAAAUGCUAUUGUACUUCUUUGACAAUACAUUUGCUUGGUUGAAAAAGGGGACCAAAAAUGUGGGCAGCCAUAUUAGAUUAAAAGAGAUUAUCUCAACAUCAUCAUUGCUAAAUGCAUCAUCAACAUUGUUAGUAAAUGCAUUGUUAAGAUCCAUAUCGGCACAUGCUGUGACAUCAUCCGCCCGUUCCAGUCGUGCUUAAUGUUAAUGUUAUGGAGUAAUGUGAAGAGAUUUAGAUUUUGUUCCUAAAACGCCAAUCUUGGUUCUUUAAGAUCUUGGUUAUUUUUAAGAUCUUCGUUGUUUGAUAAUCAUUGUACAUGUAUCUAACAUGCUGACCACACCGGCGGCGUAACGUGCGCGAGCGUUGCAGAAUAAAUGUACACAUACAUGUUAUUCAGUCAUCUUGUCCAAACUGCUCGCUCGCACAACGAGCGUCUGCUAGCCAGGCGCUAAAAUAAUACUUUGGUUCUAUUGUAGACGCUUGACACGCUGCAAGUCCCGCCUCUUCCAUCUCCUCAUUGGUUUGUAGGAGCAUAUUGGGUGAACUGAGGUCCACACUCCAGUCCAGUUGGUUGUAGUAAUUCACCUUAAAGUUGGUAGCCAACCACCAUAUAAAAUCCACAGAAGAAGAAUACUGAACUAGGACAGAUUACUAGAAACUAACUAGGUUUCCCCUUUUAUCUGUGGAUUCAUUGUCAGAGUAGAGAACACACUAUUUUGUGUGACUCAAAAUGGGUCGAUAUUCUACAAAGAUCCAGCAACAACAACAAAAAAGGACCUUGUGCAUUUCAAGCAAAAUAACAACCAAAUGUUUAUAUCCCAGGACAAAAUGAGAUAGCAACAGCAAUCUAGCUAGCUAAAUGUCCAUGAAUGUUUCAUAUAUGUUUUGACCUGUCUCCAAAUGAAUAUAUUUGGUUCAGAGUUCUUUUUGAUAUUUCAACCUGUGUGUCCUGAUUGCGUCUGGUGUGGAUAGACAAAAUCGAAGGCACGCGCGUGGCCGGUUUAAUCAGCGUGCCCGGUUUAAUCAGCCGGCCCGGUUUAGUCAGCGUGCCCGGUUUAAUCAGCGUGCCCGGUUUAAUCAGCGUGCCCGGUUUAGUCGGCGCGCCCGGUUUAGUCGGCGUGCCCGGUUUAGUCGGCGUGCUCGGUU